GGGGAUGGCGCGGACCCUGGGUCUGGCCCCACCGUGUCCUGGAGGCGGCAAAGCACAACUUUCUUCCGCUUCUCCCCCUGGGGCCGGGCUCCUGCUGCCGCCCCCGACGCCGCCACCGCUGCUGCUGCUGCUGCUCUUCCCGUUGCUGCUCUUCUCCCGGCUCUGUGGUGCCUUAGCUGGACCAAUUAUUGUGGAGCCACAUGUCACAGCAGUAUGGGGAAAGAAUAUUUCAUUGAAGUGUUUAAUUGAAGUAAAUGAAACCAUAACACAAAUUUCAUGGGAGAAGAUACAUGGAAAAAGUUCACAGACUGUUGCAGUUCAUCAUCCUCAAUAUGGAUUUUCUGUUCAAGGAGAAUAUCAAGGAAGAGUCUCAUUUAAAAACUAUUCACUUCAUGAUGCAACAGUCACUCUACAUAACAUAGGAUUCUCUGAUUCUGGAAAAUACAUAUGCAAAGCUGUUACAUUCCCACUCGGAAAUGCCCAGUCUUCUACAACCAUAACUGUGUUAGUUGAACCCACUGUGAGCCUGAUAAAAGGGCCAGAUUCUUUAAUUGAUGGAGGAAAUGAAACAGUAGCGGCCAUUUGUAUCGCAGCCACUGGAAAACCAGUUGCACAUAUUGACUGGGAAGGUGAUCUUGGUGAAAUGGAAUCCACUACAACUUCUUUUCCAAAUGAAACAGCAACGAUUGUCAGCCAAUACAAGCUGUUUCCAACCAGAUUUGCUAGAGGAAGGCGAAUUACUUGUGUUGUAAAACAUCCAGCCUUGGAAAAGGAUAUCCGAUACUCUUUCAUAUUAGAUAUACAGUAUGCUCCUGAAGUUUCAGUAACAGGAUAUGAUGGAAAUUGGUUUGUAGGAAGAAAAGGUGUUAAUCUCAAGUGUAAUGCUGAUGCGAAUCCACCACCCUUCAAAUCUGUGUGGAGCAGGUUGGAUGGACAGUGGCCUGAUGGUUUAUUGGCUUCAGACAAUACCCUUCAUUUUGUCCAUCCACUGACUUUCAAUUAUUCUGGUGUUUAUGUCUGUAAAGUAACCAAUUCCCUUGGUCAAAGAAGUGAUCAAAAGGUCAUCUACAUUUCAGAUCCUCCUACUACUACCACCCUUCAGCCUACAAUUCAGUGGCAUCCCUCAACUGCUGACAUCGAGGAUCUAGCAACAGAACCUAAAAAAUUGCCCUUCCCAUUGUCAACUUUGGCAACAAUUAAGGAUGAUACAAUUGGCACGAUCAUUGCUAGUGUAGUGGGUGGGGCUCUCUUCAUAGUACUUGUAAGUGUUUUGGCUGGAAUAUUCUGCUAUAGGAGAAGACGGACGUUUCGUGGAGACUACUUUGCCAAGAACUACAUUCCACCAUCAGAUAUGCAAAAAGAAUCACAAAUAGACGUACUUCAACAGGACGAGCUUGAUUCUUACCCAGACAGUGUAAAAAAAGAAAACAAAAAUCCAGUGAACAAUCUAAUACGUAAAGACUAUUUGGAAGAACCUGAAAAAACCCAGUGGAACAAUGUAGAAAAUCUCAAUAGGUUUGAAAGACCAAUGGAUUAUUACGAAGAUCUAAAAAUGGGAAUGAAGUUCGUCAGUGAUGAACAUUAUGACGAAAAUGAGGAUGACUUAGUUUCACAUGUAGAUGGUUCCGUAAUUUCCAGGAGGGAGUGGUAUGUUUAGCAACCACUAAAUGUGACUUAACUAUGUACAAUGUUUCAUUCAUACUAGUUGAUCAUUUUCAGAUUGUUCAUACUUUUUCUUGAGGAAGAAUAAGCUUUUUUCAAGUUGAUUUUCAAGCUUACUUUUUAUAUUCUAAUCUGAAAAAUGAAAAUGUAAAAUCUGGGUUCAAUGUAUCUGAGCUGCUUUACAAUUUUUUUCAAUGCUGUACUACUGUCUCAAGAUUUAAACUUUAAUGCAGAGUACUUUAUUGGUCUGAGGCACACAGGUAAGAAGAAAUGUCAGUGUUAAAUGUAUGACUUUUUUGGUACAAAAAUUAAAAAAAAAAAAGGAAACUACCUUGGUAUUGUGUAUUAAAUGUUUACCUAAGACUUAAGUCUCAUGUAUGUUUGUUAAACAUAUACCUCUCAAAAUUUAUCACCACUAAACUAUACUGCAUCAAAAUUGACUAUAAAACUAAUUCAAGAAAUGUUUAUAUAUAUUUUUAGUAUAAAAAAAAUAUUUAGCCUAAUGGAACAUCUUUCCUUUUCAAACAUUAUUUUCUAAGUUUCUAUACAAAUGGAGCCUUUACCUCUGCAUUUUAAUGAGCCUUGCCAUAAUUGCUGUAGAGUGGCUUUUCAAAGAUAUUUUGUUGCACUAAAAUUGUGGUAGUAAACUCAGUGAACAUGAUAUGUGGAAGAGCAUAAUUAUCUGGUCAGUAUUUUUGUCUAAAAUACAUAUGAGAGUAAUAAAAUACAUGCCUUUUAAACAUGACAGUUAUUACAAUUUUUUCAUGUCUGGAAGACAAUUCUUAUGUUGUCAUGUAAACAUGGAUUUUGGUACAUUAGCGGUAGCCUUAUUUUAAUGCAUUAUGUCCUAAAUAUACUAAUAGUUAUGAAAAGAUGGUACACAAAUAUAGUGCAGAGAGGGCAUUUUCAGUAUAUUGGAGUACCAGUUUUAGAAAUGAGACUUUCAGCCAAGAAUCUAAAGAAAGAAUUUCAUAGUCCAUCUUGUUUUGGUCAUUUAAUGUUGAUGUUGUUAAAACGGGUAAAUGUACAGAAAAAAAUUUAGAAUAAACUUGGAAACUUGGGAUUUAACUAGAAAAACCUGAAUUAUAGAACCAAUUGGUAGCAUUUGCUGAUUGAUGUUGGCAGUCCAUUCCCUUUUCCCUCCUAAAUGUAUGUAUGUGUUUCAAGAUUUUUGUUUUACCAAUUAAAACUGGAAACGUACCAUGAGUUUUUUUGUUUUUGUUUUGUUACAUAAUUCAUUAAAUAUAUUCUUUCCAGAAUCAUGUAUCUUUUGAGAAAGAAGUGUUAUCUAAAUCUUCAAAUGUGGAUCUUCUUUGUGAGAUAUUUAAAUUGUUCCUACAGUGGAGUCCUGUAAGAUUGUAAUAAUGACAGCUAUUUUGAAGCCCAAAGAGUAUGUUUUUCUACUGAUGAUUCAUUUGAAAAGAACACUGUGUAGAAUAAAUGUUUUGCCAGGACAGUGAGGUGGUAGUUAGUAGGAGAAUCAUAAAUAAAUUAUUUUGUUAAUAAAAAGGCAAAGUAGGUACUUCUUAGAAAUCUCGUUAACCAUCCCCUCCCAAUCCUCAUCAAAUCGAAAAAAAAAUGUUUACAGUGCUCGAUUUUAACGUGUUUAUAAAAUAUUGCAAGUAGUGAAAGCUUUAUUAUAAGUGAUUAUAAACAAGUUUUCUUUAUUUCAACUAAUAGUAUAUUGUGGAAAUUAGAAACCUAUUUUAUUUCUCUUCCCAGACACUUAAUGCAAGACUGUAAUAACAGGUUAAGGAUACAGUUAAGUUUACUGAUAUCUUGUUUAAAAAUGUCUAGAUUUUAAUAUGGUUAAAUACUUAUAUACAGAUACUAAGAAACUUUAGUCCAAGUCAUUGAAAGAAAACUUUCUUGAUAAUACAUUGUGGUAGAAAUGACUUUAUUUUUUAUUUAAUUAUCAGCAGCGAUAUGGCCACAAGAAACACAGGUCUAAAAUUUCUUGAAAUAAAAGACAAAUUUAUGGCUUUUUUUGGUCAAAAUUUUAUUAUUAAAAAUAAUGUUUUAAAUGCUGUAUGAAUCUAAGCAGAAUAAUCAUGUUCAGGAUUCUGUAUAAACCUCAACUUAAGUAUAAUCUGAAGGGAAUUAGUAAUGUAUUUCAAGAACUAUGUUUCAAAAAUAUAUAAACAUCAGCUUACUGAUUAUGAACUUCUUUUUACAUUGUGGCCAUUGUGAGGUUUUGUUUUUAUGGUGUUUUGGGUUUUUCUGUGUGUGGGAGAGGGUAACCUGGAAAACUACAAGCAAGUAUUUGAUACAUUCUGUAUUAAUAAUUUAAAUCAUUUAGCAAACUAAAAGGUUUACAAAUUUUGAAAAUCUGAUACUAGCACUUAAAACUUUUGGAAGUAUUGCACUAUUGUUUAUUAGAACUUUAUGUAUAUUUACUGUACAUAGAGACUUGUUUGAAUAGUAGUACUGAAUAAACAUUUUGUUAAAUUAA